ACUCUUUGCUUGGCAGCUGAACCAUUAAGCCUUUGAUGCGGCACAUGGCGUAUCUCGCCUUACCGAGCGGUCCCAUCCAUCAUCUUGCGCGCAAGUAGUUGCACCAGGCAUGACUUACUAGCCUGUGCAAACCCAUAGCGCGGGAAGAGCUGACGUUACUGUCUCUCACUUUUAAAGCACGCUUUGCGCUAAGAACCUAAGGCGAAUGCAUGUUUGACAUCAUCCGGCUGGUCCAGCAUGUCAGCUGACGAGAAGCUCACCAAGGAGUCUGCGCUCACGGAUGAAGAAGAAGACAAAUCACAGGAGGUAGAAGCUACGGACCUGCCCGGCAGUUCCUCCCAUCCCCCAUGCAGCAUCCAUGUACACACCUCCGGCGGCGUCCUAGCGAUGGACGUGGGUCCGCUGCUGGCCUGGCAGAGCGACGAUGAGGUCACCGACUUUCUAAAAGAGCUGGAGGCGGCAGGGGGAGGUCCGGCGGUGGGCGCCUUCCGCAAGUUACUUGGGGCCGUGCAGGCGCUGCUGCAGCCGCUCCAGGAAGCACGGCAUGCUGCUGGAGUUACUCCUCCUGCCGCCGCUGCCGCCGCGUGUGAGGGGUGUCGUGCGGGCGAGGGCGGGAGCCUUGAGGAGCAGCAGGGGGCUCGGAAGGAGGUGCAGGAAGGAGGCCGGGAGGGCGAGGAGACGGGCGCCGCUGCUGGCGCUGCUUGCUGCUCCGCGGCUGCUGUGCUGGAUCUGUGUUGGGAGCAGCUGCACCUGGGGUACUGGAAGGACGUGCCGCUGGCCUGGCGUAACGGCUACAUCCUCGCCUGCUACCUCGAUGUGACGCUGCGGUUGCUGUGCUGCGAGACGCCGGGGCGAGGGCAGCUGCGGGUGCGGGCGCGGGCGCGGGCCGAGGACAUCGCCCCCCUGGAGUCUUCUGGUGCUCCUGCGGCUGCUGCGGCUGCUGCUGUUGCUAACGUAGGAAACGUGGGGGAGCGCGAGAAGCAGGAUCAGCACCAGCAGCCGCAAGGGGUGUUGCCUCCGUGUGCGUCUCCACCCCCGCCUCCGCCCCUGUCGGCUGCGCUGCUGCGGCGGUGUGUACGGCAGUUAGAUCUGGGGCUGAUGAUGGGCGGGCCGCUGUGGAGGGGCCGGCUGCAUGGCGCGGUGGACUCCUUGCAUGGGGCGUUACUGGCGGCGGAGGGGGCGGAGGCGGCAGGGGAGGGUACGGGAGUGGCGGAGGGAGCGGCCCAAAAGUCGGAGAUGAGGGCAGUUGGUGAAGGAGGAGGAAAGCAGCACGAGGGCGAGGUAUUGAAGCACCGGCCUGUCAAGCGCCUUCGAACCGAACAAGCGGAGGGGGAGCAGGAGGACUCGGGACUCCUCCCUGAGGCUCCCAGUCCUGUACGGGACGGCAGAGGAGCUGAGGAGCAGGGAAGAGCUGGCUGCCCAGUUCAUGAAGGGGCAGCAGGAGGCGUUGCUGCUGCCAUAGGGAGAGCCGCAGCUGCUGCUGCUCCUGCUGCUGCUGCUCCUGCUCCUGCUCCUGCUCCUGCUCCUGCUCCUGCUCCUGCUCCUGCUCGUGCUACGGAUGUUAGCAGGGGUAACGACUCCGUACGGCUGCCACGUGGCUCGCUGGGCGGUCCCCCGGGCAGCCGCGUGCCGGUUUCGGAGCAACCCGACUUGGAGGAGUUCCUGUUGUCGUACAUGGUUCCGGAGGUGCCGGUGGUCAUCACAGGCGCCAUGGAGCACUGGCCUGCUCUCAGCCGCUGGGCCGAUUUGUCGUACCUUGUACGAGCAGCAGGAGCCCGUACGGUACCCGUCGAGGUGGGCCAGCACUACCUCGCAGAGGGCUGGGGGCAGCAGCUCAUGACGCUGCGGGAGUUCCUGACCCGCCACAUCCUCACCAGCAACACAGGCACCGGCGCCGGCACUGCCAUGUACGACAACAGCAGCACGACAACAACCACCACCACGGCACCAACCGCCUCAACCACCACAACCACCGCGACACCGCAGCCUCCUCCUCCCCCGCCGCCGCCCCCGCUCGGCUACCUGGCUCAGCACCCGCUGUUCGAGCAGAUCCCGGCGCUGCGGUCUGACAUCGUGGAGCCCGACUACUGCUGCCUGGGUGAGGGGGAGGUGCAGGCGGUGAAUGCGUGGCUGGGCCCCGCAGGCACCACCACACCCCUGCACACGGACCCGCACCACAACCUGCUGGCUCAGGUGGUGGGUCGCAAGUACGUGCGGCUGUACGCGCCGUCCCUCACGCCGGCGCUGCAUCCCUUCCCGGCGGGCACCAUGAACCACAACAGCAGCCAGGUGGAUCUAGACGUGGAUCUGGAUCUCGAGUUUGAAUCUCGUCAUGAUGGAUCCGAAGCACCCCCGCCAUCCGACAAGAACGCUGCCAGCAAAAGCACAAGCGGCGCUUCUAACGGCGCUGAUGUCGGUAACGGUGAUCAGCAUGAUGGAGACGCUGACGGUGGCAACAGCGUGAAGAAGACAACUCGUUGUUGUCGGUUUCCAGGGGUGGCUGAUUUGCCGUACCAAGAUGUGGUUUUGGAUCCAGGUCAUAUGCUGUACAUUCCGCCGGGUUGGUGGCACUACGUUCGGUCGCUGAGCACCAGCUUCUCGGUGAGCUUUUGGUGGCGGUGAAGGCGUGCGGGGUUGGCGGUGGUGGUGGUGUUGAGGACGGUGCGAGUCGUGUGUGUGUGCUUGAGGGGUGCAGCGGUGUGUCGGGAUGCGUUCUGUUCGGCAGAUACCGUACAGCAGCAUACAAUGAUGGAUAUAUGGUUAUCCUUGAACGCAGAACCCAUUACAAUAACGAGCACGGGAGGGGAGCGGUGGCGGACAAAGUGUAACUGUUGGGGACUGAGGAUCAUGCCGCUCAGUUGGCUGUGUGUUUAGUGUGGAGGUAGACGUGAGUGAGUGCGGCACGGCACGGUAACCAUGUAUGGUUUGUUACAACAACCGUACUACCGGUAACUGAAG